CACCCCUGAAGACCCGCCGCUGUCGGUUGCCUUGACAGCUCGGCCUCGGCUCCUACGGAGGGACUCGGGUUGGCCUUGGUCGGGAGAAGAGCGGGUGGGCCGGUUGGCCAUUGCGCCUCUCCUCUAGCUGGGAGCAGCCCGGCAUGAACAAGUCGGAGAUGGCGGACGAGGCUCUCUUCCUGUUGUUGCACAACGAGAUGGUGUCUGGGCUGUACCGCGCUGCGGAGCAAGGCGACGGGGAAAAUGGACGAUGCAUCACCAAACUGGAAAACAUGGGGUUUAGAGUAGGACAGGGAUUAAUAGAAAGGUUUACCAAAGAUACUGCCAGAUUCAAGGAUGAAUUAGAUAUAAUGAAGUUUAUCUGCAAAGAUUUUUGGACGACUGUGUUCAAAAAGCAAAUUGAUAACCUCAGGACCAACCAUCAGGGCAUUUAUGUACUUCAGGAUAACAAAUUCCGUCUCUUGACUCAAAUGUCUGCUGGGAAACAGUAUCUGGAACAUGCUCCUAAGUAUUUGGCAUUUACUUGUGGAUUAAUUAGAGGUGCGUUAUCAAACUUGGGAAUAAAGAGUAUUGUGACAGCUGAGGUAUCAACAAUGCCUGCAUGCAAAUUUCAGGUGAUGAUUCAGAAGAUAUAAACAUGUAUAAAACCAGUCUCCUGCUCUGUAAAAUGCAAAAAUAAACUGUAUAUUUUAUUUAUAAGUAUAGUUACAUGAAGUUGUCCUACUUUGUGUAAAAUUACAAUUUUGCCAAAUACAGUAGUCUAACACACUAAUUUUCAAAUAUAACCAAUAGCUUUUGUUCAUAGCUUAUCCUUUAGAAUUUUAACAAUUAGUUUUGUCUGUUUCCAAGAAGAUGAUGUAUUUUAGAAGUUUGUAAACAAUGGAAUGAAAACCUUGAUUAAAUGUCCAGUUCUA